UCUAAAGUAUACACCAACAUUUGUUUACAGAUUCAUAACAGCUAGGGCAAUAUGAGAGCUGCUUUACAAUUUGUGUUACUGUGUACGUUUGUUAUAAAGGAAGCUUUUACCAGUGGAGAUCGAAUAUGCCCCAAGGAUGGGCAACCACGGGAAUGCUGCCCGGACUACUUUGAAGUCAACGGCACCUGUGUCGAAUGUCCUCUGGGGAGAUUUGGUAUAAACUGCUCAUUUACCUGCCCUUCAAAUUAUUACGGGCGACGCUGUACACAGCUGUGUAAUUGUAGUGACAACCAUACCUGUGAUUCGGCUAACGGAUGUGUGCCGAUAGUCAAAGGAGAUCGAGGACAGGGAGGAGACUUGGUUACUGGCGAUGAUGACGUGAAACCAGGCAUAUGGGCAACCCUUGUGAUUUUGUUGGCUUUAUGUGUGUCUGGAUCCAUCACUCUGGUCGUGAUUGUUAUAAAACGGAAACAUGCCGUCCACAAAAUCAAAACGGAAAACAUAGAGCCAGUCCAUCCGUAGGCCGUUCAAAACUUAAAUAAUCUAAAUGACAUCGAUGAAAAUGAUACAGAAUAUGCUGAGAUUGUUAGGGAUGUUACUAAAAUCGACCAAAACUACAAACCUUCCUCUGAACCUGUUUCCGAUGGCAACAUAUACAGUACAAAUGUAUCAGAAGUUCCAUAUGACAAACUUCAGUUUCAUCCCAAGUCUACCACCAUAUUAAAAGAUCAUGAACUAGAACACUACAGUUGGAUGCAAAAAGUAUCAUAAUUUGAAAAUACAGAUUUGAAUCUUUA